AAUUUAUUAUUUUAUAAUUGUUCUUACACUAAUCAUCACUAAGAUUCGUAAUAGAAUAAUGAGUUUAAUGUAUUGUUACGCCAUUAUAAUUUUUAUGGUAAUCGUUAAUUCAAAUUCAUAUGAAAACUAUCGGAUGAUAGAUCCUAAGUUCGUCAACUGUAAGAAUGAUAAACAAGAUGAUUAUUUAUGUUACGUGGAUCCACCAAACGGACAUCCUAAUUAUUUGAAUCAAAAGCUCAUGGACCCAGAAGAAUUUUAUUCGGCAUUAUAUAAUCCUUAUUUUUAUUUUUUUCACCACUCCAACAUCUUUGAUGAUGAUGUAAUCUCAUACCCAGAAUUCGUUAAAAAACGUGAUGAAUACCUGGAGAAAAAAUAUGCUCGUACUACACCAAGUAACUUUACAAAAUUGGCUGAUAAACAAGAUCUAAAGUAUAUUGGCCUUUAUCCAAAUUACUGGGCUAAAAGACCGCAAUUCUAUGUUGUGAAUAGAAGAAUGGCGAUGUAUUAUUAUACCCGCAAAUUAAUACUUAUGUAUCAUAGCGAAAGUUGGAAAGUUGAAGGCAAAGAAAGAGAAAUUAUGAGCUAUAUGACCGAUCAAGCAUAUAAUAACAAGAACGAGAACCAGGAUUCAGUGGAUUUAAAGGAUAUAAUAUUGAAGAACGAAGUUGAACAUCCUGCUGUUAGCUUGGUUGAUCAGAAUAGUUACAAAAUAAAUAAAGCAGAAUAUGAUGUCCUAUUAAACCGUAAGUUCGAGAAAAUGAUUAAUGAUACAAAAAAUAUACUUAAAUGUCAAGUGUAAUAACAACUAAGCAUUAAUAGCCAGUAUAUUGAAUGUCUGUUUUACUGGAAUAUUUAUAUUGGCUGACCACUUCAUGUGUUUCAACAAAUCUGGUGUAGCUAAAUAGUCGUGGUUUGAAAUAAAUGAUAAAUUGAUAACAAAUUAUUAUUGGGACCACGAUUAAAGAUAGUAUGGUUGCGUGACGACGACCAAAAAAGUGGCGAUGAAAGUGCUUAGGUCUAAAUACUCUAAACUGACUGCCUAAUGCUGCUAUCUAGUGGUU